CCUAACGGUGCGGUUGCCUGCCUUUCCCCGCCGUCCUAGCGGAGCCUCCUGCGCGGGGGUCCCGCGGCGCUGCCCAUGGCGCCGCCUCUAGCCCCGCUGCCCACGGGGGAAGCGGACGGGGCUGCGCGGGAGGGGCGGAACCCCGUGAGGUUCGCGGACGUGGCCGUGUACUUCUCCCCCGAGGAAUGGGGAUGCCUAGCGCCCGCGCAGAGGGCCCUGUACCGGGACGUGAUGCGGGAGACCUACGGCCACCUGUGCGCGCUCGGAUUCCGAGGCGCCAAGCCCGCCCUCAUCUCCUGGGUGGAGGAGGAGGCCGAGCUGGGGGACCCUGAUGCCCGGGAUCCGGAGGUGGGAACAUGGUCUCCACGAGCAGAGCCAGAUUCCAGGAACAAGGACAAGAAGGGACAGCGAGAAGAAACUGCGGCACCAGAGAAGAUCCCCCCUGCUUACACAGAACCUCUUGAGCUGAAGACUGUCAAAACCCCUUCUGCCCGGUGCCCUCGUGGUUUGAAGCAGACCUUGAGGGGCUGUUCGCGGCUCUGCGCCCCUCUCCCUGUCCCGCGGGCAGACCAGCGUCAUGGCUGCCACCUGUGCGGGAAGAGUUUUGCCUGGCACUCCACUCUGGUGCGACACCUGUACACGCACACGGGGGAGAAGCCCUUCUGCUGCUCGGAUUGUGGCAAGGGCUUCAGCCAGGCCUCCACGCUCAGCAAGCACCGGGCCUUCCACCUGGGGGAGCGGCCCCACCGCUGCCCGGACUGCGGCCGGACCUUCACCCAGCGCUGUAACCUCAAGACCCACCUGCGGGUGCACACGGGGGAGAAGCCCUACCGCUGUGCCGACUGCGGCCGCUGCUUCAGCCAGAGCUCGGCGCUCUGCCAGCACCAGCGGGUGCACAGCGGCGAGACCCCCUACCCGUGCCCUGACUGUGGCCGCGCCUUUGCCCACGCCUCAGACCUUCGGCGCCACGUGCGCACGCAUACGGGGGAGAAGCCGUACCCGUGCCCGGACUGUGGGCGCUGCUUCCGCCAGCGUUCGGAGUUAGUAGUCCACCGUCGCACCCACAGUGGCGAGCGCCCGUACCCCUGUCCUCAGUGCGGCCGGUGCUUCAGCCAGAAGUCGGCAGUGACCAAGCACCUGUGGGUCCACAGGCCAGGUGCUGGGGGGCGCAGAGGCCGGGUUGUCGGGGCCAUGCCUGGCCCCCUGGCCCCUGGCCGAGGAGACCUGGACCCGCCUGUGGGAUUUCAGCACUACCCAGACAUAUUCCAGGAGUGCGGGUGAUGACCUCAAAGGUCAGUAGGCCGGAGGUGAAAAUCUUGGUGGUGCCGGAGCUCCAGCGGCAUCACAGCUGGACCUGGGUGAAGAGGAGUCUUAGCCCCUCCUCAGGGUGACCCAUUGAUAUUUCACUGUCUAAUCUCCCAUAUUCAAGAAACACCCUUGGAUGAAUUAGGGCUGAGGAGUCCCACUACACCAGUUACUGGGAAGCAGAGGCCGUAUCUGUAUCCCUGUGCUGAGAGGAUUGAGGUAGAGGAGAACUUAUUUUCUCCCAUUGUCAUUAUUACCAGAGUUAAAAAACCAAGGACCUUGUGCUGAAUCAGGCCCACAGCUGCCUUUGUACUGUUUUAGGCCCAGAGAGCAUUUGUAAAAUGUUAUGAAAUACAGAUUAUGGUUUAAAAGCUUAGGCCGGGGGCAAAGCAAUAGUACAGUGGGUAGGACACUUAGCUUGCAUACAACAAACCCAGGUUCAAUCCCAAGUGCCCUAUAUGGUCCCCUGAGCACCCCACCAGUGAUAGUGCAUAGCCAGGAGUAACUCCUGGGCAUCACCAGGCCCCAAAACAAAAUUAAGAGGGAUGGCAGAGUACAGGAGGUAAGGUGCUUGCACAUGGCUGUACCCAGUAUGAUCACACGCUGGUCCCUCAGAAGUGAGUGAGCCCUAGCAGCACAGGAGUAAGCCCUGAGCACUGUUGGUUGUAGCCCCCCCAAACAUUUAAAAAUCAAGGAGUUCUAGGGGGCUGGAGCAAUAGCACAGCGGUUAGAGCGUUUGUCUUGCACAUGGCCGACCCGGGUUCGAUUCCCAGCAUCCCAUAUGGUCCCUUGAGCACCGCCAGGGGUAAUUCCUGAAUGCAAAGCCAGGAGUAGCCCCUGAGCAUCGCCAGGUGUGACCCAGAAAGCAAAAAAAAAAUCAAGAAGUUCUAUAUAAAAAUCCAAGUUUCUGGCUUGUUUUGGAAAGACCAGGACUUGGAAAUGACUUAGGCUCGCCCAGAGAACAGUUGGCAGGAGCUGUCCUGCUAGGGUAGGCGGAAUCUGUUCCGUUCAGCACGAUCUUAUCUCCACACUUAGUUCCGUUCACUCUCACGAACUGCUGGGUCCUGUAGUCACUGAGUUUGCACACCAAUGUUUACAGCACUCAUGGUGACUUGGGCAUUCAGGUAGAUAACAUGUAUAUGAAGAGGUGCCAGGAGAGAAGAAAAAGCAUGCUGUGUGCUUUCAAAGGUUUAGAGUUCCAUCUUGCAGCGUGGCCUGCACUUAAGGAGUAACUUGCUCAUAGAGGACAGCCAAAUGAAGAGGCAGCUGAAUCUUUUGCCCCAAAACAAGUAGUGUUUUUGCCAUACUAUAGUACCACACUUAGCUGGCCAGCAGUUGCCCAGUUUUUGAAGAAGCGGCUGAGAGUGCCUUUCUGACUUCAGGCCUGCCUGGGUUCCCCUUGUCCCUUAGGCCUCAGUCACCUGAAACCUUACCAAGAGCUCCGUCACAUCACAGUUUUGAACCAGAAGAGAUCUUCGUUCAGCCGCUGGGACACAGGCAGGACAGCUCAGCAGCUGUCUUUGGGGUUGGGAGUGAGGUGCUGGGGGGCACACCUGGUGAUGCUCAGGUUAACCUGGUGGUGCUCAGGUGACCAUAUGAAUGCCAGUGUGCGAGGCAAGCGCCCUACCCGCUGGACUAUCUCCAGCCCCUGGGCAACCUGUCUUCACAUCACACAGCAAGAUCCCAGGGCUCUUAGUUAAGGCCACAUCACACUAGUGCUGCUCGCUGGGCUGAGCUGGAGACAGACCAGCUCAGCAUCACUCAAGUCCAGGUAAAAGUGACAAAACACCCACAUAGCAGCAAGGCAAGAGAAGGCAGCUGAAGGAGACUUGAAGGCAGAGGGGUUAAGCUUACACUUCACGCUAGGUGUCUGUCCGCUCUGGGGGACAAAGGGAGACUAGCCUAGGAGGGUUGGUAGCCAGGCUGAACCUUCUUGGUUGCUCUGCUCUGCUCAGGUUCCCUGAGCGCUUCCUGCUCUGCUUUCAGUCUGUUAACUCCUUUGCGGUCAGGGCCCACUUCAUCCAUGGAACAGAAGCCGCCAGCCAAGGACAGAGCAUGCCCCGUCUCUGGUCCAGGAUGUCAGCGAAAAGGAGUCGCUGGAGCUUAUGUUUAAUGUCCUUACCUUGACCUGCUUUAGCCUCAGGAAGGAAGAAAAGAGGAAGGGAUAAAAUUUUCAGGAAAAGAUACUCGAACUCUCUUGAUUCCAACCUAGUCUUCAAAGUCACUUAAUCAAUACCACCCUCAGUUUUCAGAGCAGAUUUCACCGUAUCAUAAUGGGAAAAUGUCCAAAAAAGAGGCAACUUGGCAGUAGAAGCUAACUUGGUGCCAGUUUUCAAUUCCCUAGAAAAGCCAGUGCACAAACUUCCCGCCCCAAAUCUCAGCAUUGCCUGAGGAAAGCCCAACUUGUAAUACCAGUUAGCACAAACUUGAAAACAACUGGAGCCUCAUUAGCUUGUCAAUUAGAGGACCCAUAAUUACCACUUUCUCUAAGUACUUCGAAGUUUGCAAGAUUGAUUAGGGCCCCCAAAACAGUCUCCACUCUGCUUGUCUUCUUGACCACCUUUGCUUCAUUUAAUCAAAUGUUUUUGGGGCUUCUGGAGCUGUGCUACACCCAGAUGGCUAAGGAGGCCACAUGGUGCCAGGGAUCAAACCCGGGCCCCUGGGCGUGCAUACUAGUCCUUAAAUUAAUUUCUGGUGCCAUGUUUGUUUCAGCCUUCAUAACUCACUACUUGGCAGAGUGACCAAAGCUAGGGCUGCUUUUUCUCUGCUACCACAUGUCUCUGCACCUCAGACCUGGAAGCAGGAAGCCAGGUUUCCUUACUGCUUUGCUGGUGCAUCAGGAGAGAUCCUUGUCCUUGCCAGAUAAUGACCAGCCACAUGACAAAAAUGAAAGAUCAUGUUCUCAAGGUCCUUGUGGUCAGAGCUGGUAGAACUCUUUCCUUGCACGUGGCUGACUGGGGUUUGAUCCUCAGCAUCCCAUUAUAGUCCACCCAGCAUCCUGCAUGUAAGACAAGUGUCCCUGCAGCAUUCCUCAGUUUUUGGCCACACCCAGUGAUGCUCAGUUACACCUGCCUUGGCACUCAGUUAUUACUCCUAGCAGUGCUUAGGGGACCAGGUGGGAUGCCACAGAUUAAACUGAGGUCGACUGUGUGCAAGGCAAGUGCCUUACCCGCUAUACUAUUGCUCCGGUCCUGCAGCAUCCUUUUAAAAAGUAACUAGCUGCCUGGGCCCUGUCCCAGCCUGUUGACUAAGUGAAAGAACAGCUGCUCUAAACAAGACGUCAUUUUUCAGCUGCUCUUAGUUUUGCCAACAUGAGGGUGGAUUCAGAUUUGCCAGGCCCUGGGGGAGGAUUGACUGAGCUGUGCACAGACUCCCAUUCUCUGUCCUUUCUAAAGGGGCAUGUGCCAUGGCUUGGUCUCUUCUGGUCAUCUCAAAUCUUGUAUCUAUUGGAGAGUUUCUUGGAAAUUUUGGUAGCCCUCUUCGAGGGCUUGACUUCUGUAUGCAGUCUGUGAGCAGUUCAUGCAGGAACCACUUUCCCUCUGAGCACCUUUGUUUGGGUCCUGCAGUGGGGCCGACUCGACUGCAACAUAUACUCCACCUUGCACAGAAUAACUCAGCCCCAGCGCUGCUGCACACCAACUGAUGCAGCGACACAGUGGUGGCCCAAAUUGGGACACUUAUAGGGCUCCUCCUUAGGACAUAAUAGAAUAUGGGCAGUUGGCUCUGCCUCAGAUUAGUUGGUGCUGGGUCCAGAUGAAAACCUGCGGUUUGAUUUUGAAUCAUUGGCUCAAACAUGAUGCAUGUAUGAUUGGCAUGCAGGAGCCUCAAGUUUGAUCCCUGGCACUGCAUGGUCUGAGCACCUGGGAGUGCUGAGCAGGAAGAACCCUGAACACAACCAACAAUAUCUUUCUUUAAUUUUUUAAUUUUAAUUUUUUUUUUUUUUUUGCUUUUUGGGUCAUACCUGGCUAUGCACAGGGGUUACUCCUGGCUCUACACUCAGGAAUUACUCCUGGCGACAACCAACAAUAUCACCGACAACAACCAGACAACAGCCAAAGACGAAACACUAGUCAUAGGCUUCCUAGAGGCUGUCCCUGAGGUGUGCACAUGGCAGGUCGGAACCAGCUGCUUUUAGAAAGUCUCUUGCUUAGACGAAGCUGCUGCUGAGGCAGCUGCUGGAGAUGGCACCUCUGUGUUAGGAAUGCUGGUGUCCGCUCGGAGCUCCGACCCAAUGGCUGCUGCUCAUGGAGUUUGUGUCCCAUGCAGAGUGGGGAUCUUUUUUCUGCCAAGGGAUUUUUAUAGGACACAAUUUGUGGGUCAGACAAUACAGGCAGAGGGGCUCAAGUAGCCUAUAAGAUGCUUUCGUGUCUUCUUUGCCAUACACCAGGCCAGACCACAAGGUAGAGUCAGUUGGAUGUGCUCACCUGGGCGUGCGGGCAGUGGACUGUCGAGCACUGUGGCAGGAGGCUUGGCCACACUUUGCAGGUGUGGCUGCCCUUCUGUCUGACUUCUCUGGUUGGUCAAGCAGGUUAGAAAUGAAGGGAAAGUGUUUCCCAAAAGGUUUUUUUUUUUUUUUGCCUUUGUAUGUGUGCUUUGGUAUGACUAAGGGAACACUCCAUAUCCAGCUCUUUCCAAAGAGUGUUGGGUGUCCUGCUUGAAUUGGACUAUGUAGUGCUGACCUCUGGGAGCCAUUGUUAGCAAGGACUGCUUGUCUCUUUUGUUUCUACGGAGCAUGCGAGGAGAUAGUCAGGAAUUACUCCUGGCAGUUCUUGGGGGACCAUAUAGGGUGCCAUGGAUAGAACCUGGGUUGGAUGUGUGCAAGGCAAAUGUCUAACCUGUACUAUAUCUGUAGGCCCACCUUUUGACAGUAUUUUUUUCUAUUUGGGUCACACCCAGCGGUGCUCAGGGGUUACUCCUGGCUCAUGCACUCAGGAAUUAAUCCUGGCAGUGCUUGGGGGACCAUAUGGGAUGCUGGUGAUCGAACCUGGGUCGGCCAUGGGCAAGGCAAACGCCCUACACGGUGUGCUAUCGCUCUAGCCCCUUGACAGUUUUUUUUUUUUUUUUGGGUCACACCCGGUGAUGCACAGGGGUUACUC